AUGUCUUCUCGCUUCCCCGAAGGCGCCGAAGGGUCAAGUGAACUUGCAGCAGUCCGCGCGUGGGUCGACAAGAUUGGCAUUGCCGGUACGAAACAAAAGUUUGAACAUCACUGGGCAAACAUUGUAACGGACAACGCUAUUGGAUGGUUGAAGAAUGUAGCCAAGUGCACGACCAUCCGUCUGCCCAUUGGUUACUAUGAUCUUCCCGGACCUGUAUUCACCCAGGGUACGCCUUUUGAACCUUUCGCUGAAGUCUACACUGGAGCUUGGAACAGUAUCCGCUCCUUGAUUCAACGACUACGCGCACAUUCGAUUGGCGUUUUGAUCGAUCUACACGCACUUCCCGGAGGCGGAAACGCACAAGAGCACUCUGGCACCAAUAGUGGACGUGCCGAGUUAUGGUGUAAUUCCAUGAAUCGCGCGCUGGGUGUCCGUUGCUGUCAAUUCAUCGCUCAUGACACAAGAGCCGGUGCCGAGAUUGCUGGCCUUCAGCUCGUCAACGAGGCUGAAUGGAAGUGUGAGCGCAUGUACGAAUGGUAUGACGAAUGCAUUGCAGCCGUCUCCGCUAUUGAUCCUAGCUUGCCAAUCGUCAUAUCGGACGGCUGGAAUCUUACAGAGGCAAUUGAUUGGUCCCUGCAGAAGAACUCGAUAUAUGCUCACCCGCAAUGCCCGGUGAUAGUCGAUACCCACUACUACUGGGCUUUCACCAAAGAAGACAAAGCCAAGACACCACAACAGAUCAUUCAAGAAGCUGGCACCAAGCUAGGCCAGUUGGAUGGCAAAGAGGGCUCUGUGAAUGAUCGUGGGGCUGUCCAGGUAAUUGUAGGCGAGUACUCGUGUGUCAUGACGGAGGAUUCAUGGGCCAGGGGCGGUGACGUACCUAAAGAAGAACUUGUAAGGCAGUUUGGUCAAGCGCAAAGCCAUAGAUAUCAACAGCGGGCUGGCGGUAGUUUCUUUUGGACAUGGAAGAUGGACUGGAUGCCCGGCGGCGAAUGGGGCUUCAAGGCCAAAACAGAGGACGGGAGCAUCAUACCACCCAAUUAUUUGAACUUAUCCGCUGAUGAUAGGCAUAAGAUGAUCGAGAAGGCGCGACAGGAAAGAAAUGGGCGCAUGCAUGAGGCGGUUCAGCAACACGUUUCCUACUGGCGCGGCGUGGACCCUGACGGCCAGUACGAGCACGAAAAGUACGAACAAGGCUGGCAAGUGGGAUAUCAGGACGCUUCUGCAUUUUUCGAAGGUAGACAGACACGAGGUGACAGGAUCGGUAUGCUUGAACUCUGGGUUCUUAAGCGCGUAAGAGAGAGUGGCUACAGAGGUGGAUUCACUUGGCUGUUCGAGCAAGGUGUGCGGAAAGGCAUUCAGGAUUACUCGGCUGCCAUCGGUGCCUAGUUAUUUCAUAAUGUUUGCGUAAUCCGUUAUUCACCG